UAAAAAGUUUUGAAAAGUGAAAACAUUUCAUUGAGUUAAACUUAAACAGCUAUUUGCGGUUAAUUUUACCAUUCGUCUUUAUAUUCAAUCACCUGAAUCUUCCCAUUAAACUUUUAAAUAUGGAAUUGCCACAUCUUGGAAAACACUGCACGGAACCCACUUGUAAUCUACUGGAUUUUUUACCAAUGCAAUGUGAUGCCUGUGAGAAGAUUUUCUGCAAAGAUCACUUCCACUACGAUCAUCAUAAAUGUGAAUCUUCGUACAAGAAAGACGUUCAAGUCCCCGUUUGUCCACUGUGUGGUAAGCCUGUCCCCGUCCCACGAGGAGAAACCCCUGAUAUUAAAGUGGGCGAACACAUAGACAGGGAUUGUCAAUCUGACCCAGCAAAGAAAAAAAGAAAAGCCUACUCAAACCGUUGCUCAGCCCCAAAAUGCAAACAACAUGAACUGAUGCCAGUAAUCUGCAACGACUGUCGCCUCAACUAUUGUCUUCGUCAUCGUCACCCACUCGAUCAUAACUGCAAAGGAUUCCAAAAAACUGGAAGAUCGGUUUCUUCUGCAGGGGCUGCUGCUGUAAAGAGAGUGAGUGCCAACGGACCAUCUACCUCAAGACAAAGAAAUAAUGCAGCCAAACCUGUGGCUAAAGCACCCCAGCAAACAUUACUACAUGGUUUGGGGAAAGAGCUAGACCGUGAAAGACGUGAACGCCAACAAUCCAACAUUCGAUCCAUGCAAGCAAACCUGAGUGAGGAUGAAGCACUUGCUAGAGCUCUUCAGCUUUCACAAAUGGAAUCCAAAUCCGAUAAACCAAUGACACAAGAAGAGAAAGACCUUGCACUGGCGAGGCAACUUCAAGCUCAAGAAGAGGAAGAAAGAAGAAGAAGAAGAAGAGGAGGACAAGGACAAAGAAACAAUUCAUCAUCAGAGUCAAGUUGCAAGAUAUCCUAAUGUUUCACAACCCUGUUAUUUAUAGAAACUUAUUUGCGCUUUAAACGUCACUUUUUACCAAGUGAUGGAUUAACUUUAUUUGUAUGUUAUAGUUAUAGUACGUAUAUUUAUAAACCUGUAUUUAAAUUAUGUUGAUUAAUUUAUAAUGAAACUUCCUAAUGUUUAGCAUACACGCAAUUUUGGCUAGUUUUUUUAUUCACAUUUAGGUAAUGUUAGUUGGUGACCUUGUUACCUUUCUAUUUAGUGUGGGUGAUGUCUGAAAGUGCAUACUAUGGAAUUCAGGGCUAUGUUGGCUCACUACCCACUUUUCUUACCUUAAGAACUAUACGCUUUACUUUUCUACUACUUUUACUCUACUAGCCUUUUUUCUUUAACACUUUAUUUAUAUCAAUACAAACCCAGUUUAAAAUUGAAGCAUAACAAAAGAGGAUCGAAAAAAACGUUCGCACAUUCUUCUAUUCGAUCCUUUUUCAAGUGAUUUCUUAUUUUUACAUCAUUUUAGGAAAAUAGCAUGCUUAAUAACUCGGUGAUUUUACAAUAUUAUGUGCAAUGUUUAAACAUUGAAUAAAGUACGCUAUGGUACAGAGGUGA